AUGCACGUCCAAGUCCAAGGCGAGAAAGAAGCCGGAGACGAUGUGGAUGAGGAAGGCGCAAAUGUCGAACGCACAUUCUGGGUCGCUGGAUCAGAGGAAGAAAUGAGAAUCGCGUUUCACUCGUGUAAUGGAUUCUCGUCCGCGAUCAACCCUAAAGACUUUGGUGGACCGGAUCCGUUGUGGAAGGAUUUGUAUCGGAAGCAUGAGAAGAUGCCGUUUCAUGUUUUGCUCGGCGGCGGUGACCAGAUCUACUGUGAUGGAAUUUCGCGUGCAUCUCCGCUGUUCGGAGAGUGGUUAACCAUGUCAGCGGGCGGCUCUGACUCCAUGCAAGAGAAAAUCGCGGCGAGGUGGACGGAAGAGAUGAGGGUUGAGGUCGAGACGUACUAUUUGUGGCAUUAUGUCGAGUGGUUUGGACAGGGUAUUGCGGGGAAAGCCAUGGGUGAGAUUCCGGGGGUGAAUGUGUGGGAUGACCAUGAUAUCAUUGAUGGAUUCGGGAGUUAUCCACAUGAGAUGCAGAUGAGCGAGGUACUCUCCAAGGCCGGUAUGGCUGCGCACAAGUACUACACCCUCUUCCAGCAUCAUUCGACGUUGGCAGAGUGUCAGAACCCGCAGCAUACGCCGGCUGGAACGUUGUUUGGAACAACGAGGGGACCGUAUAUUAAGCAGUUGCCACGACAUGUGUUUACGCCCCUGGGGCCUGAGUCUUGGUUGUUGGGCUUGGAUUGCCGGACGGAGAGGAGGAGGGAGCUGAUUUUGAGUGAGGGAAGUUAUGCGCAUGUGUUUGAUCAUAUGCGGAAGUAUGUUCAGAGGGGUGAUUGUAAGCAUUUGAUCGUGUUGUUGGGUGUACCGAUUGCCUAUCCACGGACUGUGUGGUUGGAGAGGAUUUUGACCUCGCGUUUGAUGGAUCCGGUCAAAUUGUUGGCGAGGCAGGGGUGGUUCAAGGGGCUGAGUGGGUUGAUUAAUCGCUUCGAUGGUGGUGUUGAGAUUCUGGAUGAUUUAGAUGAUCAUUGGACUGCGAAGCACCACAAGGCGGAGCGCAACAAGUUCUUGAAGGAUUUACAGGAGUUUGCGUUGGAGAAGAAUGUCCGUAUCACGAUUUUGGGCGGCGAUGUACAUUUGGGUGCGAUUGGGUUGUUUUAUUCCAAUCCGAAGUUGGGGUUGAAGCCGGAGAAUGAUCACCGUUGGCAGGCGAACAUCAUAUCGUCGGCGAUUGUGAACGCGCCCCCCGGGGAUAAAAUCGCGUCGGUUCUUGCUCGCCGUAAUAAGGUGCAUCAUUUGGAUCAUGAUACGGAUGAGAUUAUGCAGGAUAUCUUUACGCAUAAUCCGCAGGGAAAGGAGUUGAAGAAUACCUGUCUUUUGCCGUGCCGGAAUUGGUGUUCGAUUUUGCCGAGGGUGGAGGAGGGGGGUUUGGAUAUUGUGAUGAAUGCGGAGAAGGUGCAGGGUGCUGUUGAGGGGGAGACGAGGGAGUAUGUCUUCAAGGUGCCGGUAUUGCGGGAUGUUGUCGAGAAACAUCGGAGGCAUCAUCAUCCGCAGAUGAGGCGUUGA